AUGGCCGAUAGGUAUAGGUUGGUCUAUAUUGAGGAUUUGCCAUCACAUUUGAUUUUUGAAAUACUGACUACCGGCAGGCUCAGUGCGGCUGACCUUGCUCGUUUAGAGUUGACUUCUAGGACAUUUGGAGGGAGUCAUGGGUUGUACCCUAAAAAAUUCAGGUCGUUGGUGGACUUUGCAGCAUAUGAGCUGUGUGUGUCGCAUAGAGUGUAUAGUGGGAUGGGGUGGAAUGCUCAGAAAGAGUUGUUUGAUCGCUGUGGAGGAAAUUGGAAGCGGGUUUUGAGGUUCUUGCAGGCCGUAGAGGAAUCAUCAGGCAUGGUCAAGACCUCAGCAUGCAAUAUGCAGGUUACAACUGGAAGAUAUCACACAUUGCUGAUCAGAGAUUCAUAUGUAUAUUCUUGUGGUUCCAGUUUGUGUGGUGUUCUUGGACAUGGUGCUGAAACAACACAAUGUGUAGCAUUCACUCGGAUUAGGUUCCCAUCUUUGGCUAAUGUGGUCCAAGUCUCAGCCUCCCAUAAUCAUGCUGCUUUUGUUUUGCAGUCCGGAGAGGUUUUCACAUGUGGCGAUAAUUCAUCAUUUUGCUGCGGCCACAAAGAUACAAAUCGCCCCAUAUUUAGGCCUAGGCUAGUUGAGGCACUAAAGGGAGUUUCAUGCAAGCAGGUUGCUGUGGGCCUUAACUUUACCGUGUUCCUCACAAGACAAGGCCAGCUUUAUACAUGUGGCACAAACACACAUGGGCAACUUGGUCACGGUGACACACUAGAUAGACCAGCACCCAAAAUCAUUGAAAUGCUUGAGGGGGUUGGUUCUGUGGUUCAAAUAGCUGCCGGGCCCAGUUAUGUAUUAGCUGUAACUGACAAUGGUGUAGUUUACUCUUUUGGUUCUGGUUCUAAUUUUUGUCUUGGCCACGGAGAGCAACAUGAUGAGUUCCAGCCACGUGCAAUCCAGACAUUUAGAAGAAAGGAUAUUCAUGUGGUCCAUGUGUCUGCUGGGGAUGAGCAUGCAGUGGCACUUGAUUCAAAUGGAUUUGUAUAUAGUUGGGGAAAAGGUUACUGUGGAGCACUAGGCCAUGGGAAUGAGAUUGAUAAGACUCUUCCUGCACUUGUGAACUGCCUCAAGAGCUGCCUUGCUGUGCAGGUUUGUGCAAGAAAAAGAAAAACAUUUGUUCUGGUUGAUGAUGGUUCUGUUUAUGGCUUUGGGUGGAUGGGAUUUGGUAGCCUUGGCUUUCCAGAUAGGGGUGUAUCUGAUAAGGUGAUGAGACCUCGAGUCCUUGAUAGCUUAAGAGCUCAUCGUGUUUCUCAGAUCAGCACAGGCCUCUACCACACUGUCGUGGUCACCAACCAGGGCCAAAUGUUUGGAUUUGGCGAUAAUGAAAGAGCACAACUCGGGCAUGACACAUUGAGGGGAUGCCUACAACCAACUGAAAUUUUUGUUCAAGAAACAGCAGCAGAUGAUUCAGGCCUUGCUUCAGAGAGCAAAUGA